AUGGCCAGCGAUAGCACCAGUAGUAACACUACUACUAGUAGUAAUAGUAGCAACAAUGACCUACUACUGGUCAUUGAUGGUCAACAGUCCAUCAAUACUACUACUGUUGCCAAUACUAGUGCCGCCAGAGAUCAAACAUCGGUUAUCAUUGAGCCGCAGGACUACCUGAAAAUCGGAUCAACAUUCAAGUUAGUAAUCAAUAGAUUUGCCGAUUUAGGUAACGACCAUAUAGUGAGUCCGGUGUUCAAUAUCGGACUGACCACCAUAUGGUAUGUCAAAGUUAAGCCGUGGUUUACCGAUGGAAAUGGACGCCACUAUUUGAGUGUACACUUGUUUCUAUGUUAUUCCGAUGAACGGUCGGUUAGAGCCAAAUAUACGGUGUCUAUACUGGACAACAGUGACCAUAGCCUACAAAACAGUCGCAGUUGCGGUUGUCUACAGUAUAAGCUGACCGGCGAUGGCUGGGGCUAUCAAAAGUAUUGCGAUAGACGUUGGCUUAUCGACCAUCGAUCCGGUCAACUGUUAUUACCCAAUAAUCAACUGUUUCUAGUGUUCAACAUAGAAGUAUCGGUGCCUCAAACUGUGUCCAUUGAAGACAACUAUCUGCAAGAGUUGCACAAUGUUUGCGGUUUGAAAUGGUUGGCCGAUUUCAGGAUACUGGUCUCGGGUAAAGAGUUUUACGUACAUAAGUGUAUACUAGCGGUACGGUCGCCAGUAUUUGCAGCUAUGUUUUCAGCCACCACUACCUCUACUACCACUACUACUACUACUACUACCGGAGCCGAUAGGCGUUGUUUUACCGUAACUAAUGACAAGAGUAUCGAUACAUUAGUCGUCAACGAUAUUAUGGAUGUCGACGUGUUUCGUGAGUUAUUAACAUUUAUAUAUACCGGAAGGUUAGGCCAGUUAGCAUCGGCUGAGUUACCAUUACCAACCAGUCAGCCUACAGUAUCUUCUAUGGCCUACUACGCUAAGCUAUUAGCGGCAGCCCAUAAAUAUGCCGUACGAGAGCUGAAAUCCAUAUGCGAGGACAUUAUCUACAGAGGUGUGGCCAUCGGUACGGCCGUCCAGACACUGGUAUUGGCCGAACAGUGCGCGGCUCUGAAACUCAGGGAACGGGUGAUCGACUAUAUUGCCGAUAAUCUGCAAUCGGUUCGUACGGUAACCGACCAACAAAUGUGGAAACAGUUUAUUGAUGGCUAUCCCGAAGCUGUUGAUGCAAUUUUUGAGGCCAUUAGAGCGCUGAUAAUAUAUGUGCCGUCAUAUUCUUCUACGGUUGAAAAAGAAUUUUCGACAUAG